UAGUAACCUUGGUGGCUGGGUGGGGGCCUAAGCCUCCAAGCAAAGGACGACCCAGCCCAAGUCUAAUGCCCUGGGGGCACGUAUAUAAGACAAUUCAGGCGGUGCACAGGCAGUACCCAUCCCUGCACUGUGAGGUGGCACAAUGAGGCUGCUGGCUCUGCUGUGUGCCUUGAUGGCAUUGUGUGCCGGAGACCCUGUAAUCCUGCCACCACUGGCACCAUACAAUGCACUGGGCUUUGGUGUUCCACACUCAUACGCAGCACUUCCUUAUAACUACCACGUUCCUCCACCUGUGGCAGCAGUGGCUCCACCAUUGAGCCUUAAAACACAGUAUCAUGCACAGGAUGAGUUUGGACAAGCUAGCUAUGGCCAUACAGAGCCAUUCCAAGCCCACAGUGCAGUGCAGGACGCGGCGGGCAACAAGCUGGGCACGUACAGCUACGUGACGCCGUCGGGGCAGGUGGUGCGGCUGGACUACGUGGCGGACGGGCUGGGCUUCCGCGUGGCGAGCAACGCGCUGCCGGUGGCGCCCGAGCCGCCGGGCCCCGAGGCGCUGCCGCAGCCCGUGUCCGAGACGCCCGAGGUGGCGGCGGCGCGCGCCGCGCACCUGGCCGAGGUCGCCGAGGCGGAGGCGCGGUCGCGGUCUCGGCGCGCGCUGCGGCCGCGGCUGGGGCUGGGGGGCCCCGAGACGCCGGCCAGCACGGCGCCGCUGCCGCUUCCUCCGCCGCCGCCCCCCUCCCCACUGCUGGCCUACGCGGCCGCGCCCUUCGCGCCGUUCGGGCCCGGCUACGGCUACGCCUACGGUCCCGGCCUGGGCCUGGGCCUGGGGUACGGGCUGGGGCUGCCCGCGCACCCGCCGCUGGUGGCUGCCGCCGCCGUCGCGGUGCCCACGGCGCGGCGCGCCUCGCUGUCGCGCGUGGUCAACAACCCCGGACACGCCGUCUCCUACAGGGUCGAGUGAGCUGGCAGCCCGCCACCGCGCACUACGGCUGCCGCAGCUCGUGUCGCCCACCUCGUCAAUGUACUCCUUCGGAUACCACCCGCCCAUAUACUCUGCUUUCAAAUACAUACAUUCAAAACCAG